AUGGGUUUGACGUGUCGGGAUAUCUACUCGGUGCCGGGGCUCCAGUUCGCUCCCUUUGCGAGUAGACGGAGCGUCGUCCACAGCACAACCGGUAUGGUGGCGUGCACCCAGCCAUUGGCUGCUGCCGCGGGCCAGAAGAUUCUGGAGCAAGGUGGAAAUGCAGCUGAUGCGGCUGUGGCUGUUGCCGCAGCAUUGAAUAUGACAGAACCGAGCUCGACGGGCAUUGGUGGAGAUAUGUUUUGCUUGUUUUAUGACGCAAAGACCAAAAAGGUCUCUGCACUCAACGGUUCCGGCCGCGCUGCUGGAAACCUCACCCUGGACCAGAUUCGAAAGGAUAUGGGCCUUGCAGCAGGUGAAACCGGCGGAAUUCCCAUGACCAGUGUCCAUGCGGUGACCACACCGGGCGCAGCAGCCGGAUGGGUCGACACCGUUGAAAAGUUUGGCAGCGGGCGAUUAACCCUUGAACAGAUCUUGAAGCCCGCGAUCGAGCUAGGCGAGAACGGAUUUCCAGUUUCCGAACUAGCUUCAAGUUUUUGGGAAGCAUGCGAAGAGCCGAUACGCAACGCUUCACCGAAUUUCAGAGAGCUGUUGAAGGCCGAUCCUGAAGCAAAAGACGGUGCUAGGUUUCCUUUGCCCGGCGAGAUUUUCAAAAAUCCAAAUCUUGCUCAGACAUUCCGAACUCUUGCGACGGAAGGAAAGGACGGUUUCUAUAAAGGCAGAAUUGCCGAAGAAAUCGUCAAAGUUGUGAAAGACCUUGGAGGUUAUUUGAGCCUUGACGAUCUCAAAUACCAUGCGGAGACUGGCAGCCAAGGCGUUGAACCGAUAUCACUGAAGAUCAAUCCGAGCGAGAUUGCGGGCUCAAGUAUUAAUGGAGGAGAGAUCGAAAUCUGGGAGCAUCCUCCAAACGGCCAAGGCAUUGUUGCAUUGAUGGCUCUCGGUAUACUGAAGGAGUUGUCAAGGACUAGCAAAAUCCCACAUUUCACGAAGGAGCAACACAACUCCGUCCCAUAUCUCCACGCCGUAAUUGAAAGUUUGCGAAUCGCCUUUGCAGAUGCAGCAUGGUGGGUAACCGACCCUGACGUCGAAAAGGUUCCAUCACAGGGCCUCAUCUCGCCAGCCUAUCUCGCCGAGCGUGCAAAGCUCUUUGACCCGAACAAGGCUUCGGGCAUUGUGGAUCACGGCAGUCCAGCACAUAACCAUUGCGAUACCGUGUACUUUGCGGUGACAGACAAAGAAGGCAACGGCAUCUCCUUUAUCAACAGCCUCUACGGGGGAUUCGGAACCUGCAUCGUCCCCAAGGGCUGCGGGUUCCCCCUCCAGAAUCGAGCCUCGAACUUUUCCCUGACACCGGGCCACCCUAACGUGAUUGCCCCGCGCAAACGACCCUACCAUACCAUCAUCCCUGCGAUGAUCACCAAUCCAGAAGAUAAUUCGUUACACACCGUUUAUGGUGUGAUGGGAGGCUUUAUGCAACCACAAGGUCACGUUCAGGUUUUGUUGAACAUGCUAGCGUUUAAAGGCACUCCGCAAUCAGCUCUUGAUGCCCCACGGUUCUGUAUUGGCGCUGGACACCCGAGAUCCUCCCAUGCAGUGGAUCGAACGGUCUACCUGGAAGAAGGAAUUGGCGAGUCAGUAGCCGAAGGGCUAAGACAAUUGGGCCAUCAGGUCAAGAUCCUCCGGGGUUUCGAAAGAGCAAUGUUUGGAAGGGGGCAAGUUAUCAGAUGCCAUGUUGAAGACGGUCAAAUGGUGUAUAGUGCCGGGAGCGACCUUCGAGGCGAUGGCGCUGCGUUUCCUGCCGUCUAA